GCCAUAUCCAGCCCCGCCGUGACACCGGAGCUCGUCCAGAUCUUGCCGUCCUGUACCCAACGCGCCUUGUGGACCCAGUUGACGGUCGGAUGGGCUUCCACGACGCUCUGAUACGCCAUUUUGUUGGUAGUCGCCCUCUUGCCAUCUAGCAGUCCUGUCGUCGCCAGAAUGGCCGAACCGGUACACACCGUCAACACGUGAGUCGCCGUGUCCGCGACCCCCUUCAGAAAUUUCAUGAACUUCUCGUGCUUUUGCAUGACCAACCGGCCAGGAGAACCCCCCGGGAUGACGAGAAUGUCAAUAUGCUCUGUGGCGUCUUCGAAUCCGUGCGUGGCAUACAGCGGCAUUCCGAAGCCCAGCGAAUUUCCGCUUCGAAGAGGCCCCGACGUUAACGAGAUGGUGAGGAACUUGACAGGUUGAUCACAAACGGUCGGGAGCUGCUCAAGAUACGAGAUGACCCCCACAUAAUCCUGCUGUACGACGCCGUCGAAGACGAUAACGCCGAUAGUCAGAGGAAGCUUCGCACUCGACAUGAUCCGCGUAUGACUGAGUCAUAAGAUAUGACAAGAUCAUAGGAUACUGAUUUAAGAAGUAUUUGCAUAAUUUAUCACUAACGCUACAAGCUGUGUGGCAGUAAUACACGCUGCACCACCGAGACGUCGGCUUCAAUUGACAUCUCGGUGCUCGGACACUUGCCAACGACACUACAGUCGCCGUUUGCUCGAUCGCUCGAUCGCCCCACUGUACUUUAUACUCCACAAACACAUUGGACACACACGAUGCGGAAGGACACGUUCUCGGUGAAGGUGGUGCUUUUCAAGUGUCAGGACCUGGUGGCGGCGACCAACGAGGUUGGCGGCAAGAGCAGCGCGUACGUGGUCUUCACGCUUGGCGACACGACCAAGAAGAGCUCGUGCGUCAAGAGCAGCCUCGAUCCACACUGGACGCCGCCCGAGAAGUUCGAGUUCGAGGUGGACGAGUGGGAAAACGAGUUUCUUAUCGCGCAAGUGUUUGAUCGCAGUCAACAGAGCGACGAUCUUAUUGGAUCCGCGGUGAUCCCGUUGACGUUGUACGCUGGAAACAGGAACUGCGAGAUGUGCAGCUACCCGCUGGUAUUACCGGACGAAGUGGGCGGGUUAGGAUCACCCAAGAGCGACAUGUUCCUGCAGAUUAGCCUGCUGGAUGCAGAUGGUAGCCCGGUGGAGGAGUUCUAUUGGUAGUACGGUGGGAUGACAAUUUGUUGGAAUGAUAAAUAAAAAAUGUAUCUUGUUUUAACUUCGGA